AUGGUGUCGAACGCGCUGGCCCCGCCGUCCCCUCAGCUGGAUGCGCUCCUGGACCCUCCGGUCCAGGGCGAGAAACGCACCAUUAAAUCACGACUCUCGGACCAGUUCCAGCGCGUGCGCGGCCGCUCGCCGAGCCCCCGUCCGAGCGGCGAGUCGAUGCGGGAGGAGCCUGUGAGCCCUUCCAAAAAGCUCGGUGUGAGCAAGUUGCUUCGCCGCUCAAUCAACCGCGCACGCAGCACGUCGCCGGGUCCGUCGCGCUCGAGCGUCGUGUACGACACAAACGCGCCGGAAUACUACAUGCCCGAGCUGCCCAACUGGCAGCUCUAUGACGGGAGCAGCACGCAGCUCGGCGCGAUGCCACACGGCCAGCCGCCUGCCAGCCGCGAGGUGCCCGAAGGCACCGCGACCGAGGCCGUGUUUGAAGAGUACGCGGACGACGCCACGCAGCACGCCGCCGCGCACGUCCCGGCCGCCGAGUACCAAAUCGCGGCGAACCACACGCAACAGCCGAUGUUUGCCGCCCCGGCGCCGGUCUACCCCCAGGAAGCCCCGCUGUUUGGCCACACGGCACACCGCGCAUCGCGCUCCGGCAUCCCGGCCGCUGCCUUUGGCCGCCAGGCGGAACGUGCGUCGGUCAUUGACACGGUCGUCACGACCACGACCGAGGUCGCCUCGGUGACGGCCAACGAGCCGCUUGUCCCGGGAGAGAGCGCCCUCGAGCAUGUCGCCGAUGCGACAGCCGAUGCGACCGUGAUCGACUACGAGGCGCGCGCCGAGCGCACGCAUCCCUACGAGCCGACGGUGCCCCACGCGGGCAAGCCGUGGAAGUCGUAUGAAGACGAGGACGAGGACGAAGAGGGCGCGGGACGCCUCUAUCGCCGCCGCAUGGCCGAGCCGGUGCCUGUGCGUGCCCCGUCGCAGGAGAAGCCCGCGCCGGCGCGUGGCAACUCGGGCGACUCGGAAACCAAGCAGGAGCGCCUUCUUUCUGCGAUGCAGAAGGCGCCGGAAGGCGCGGGCCUCACCGACCUCAUGAACCGCGUCGUGCAGCCCGGCCGCCAGAGCUGGCUGCGGGGCAUCUGGCCUUCGGAUGGCUCGCGCGAGGCUUCAGAGAGCUCACAACGCUCCGCCUCGGGCGGCUCGCAGGGCGGCAUCAUUUUCCAGGGCGCCGACGCGAGCCCGUCGCUGUACAGCACCUCGAGCAUGGACCGCUUCAGCGCAGACGAGUCGAUGCCCCCGUCGCGCAACGUCAGCGGCGAAGCGGCCGUGGAGCGGGGGCCGACCGCCAUGUCGCGCGGCUCGAGCCACCAGAGCGACGACGAGCGCGAGGCGUUUGAGCGCAAGCGCCGCUCGAUGCUCGAGGCACGCCGCAUCCUCGAGCAGGAGAAGCGCCAGGGAUCUGCCGACUUUAAGGCGAUCGAGGCGCCGCCCCCUGUGCCGUCCAAGGACACGCCGCGCCCAGACUACACCGCGGACCAGGAGGCCGAGUGGCACGCACAGCAAGAGGCCGCGUGGUACGCCCAGCAAGAGGCCGAGUGGCACGCCUACCAGGAGGCCGAGUGGCGUGCGCAGCAAGAGGCGGCGUGGUACGCCCAGCAAGAGGCCGAGUGGCACGCCUACCAAGAGGCCGAGUGGCGCGCGCAACAAGAGGCACAGCUCCACCAGCAGGGCAUGCCGCUGGUCGAGACCGUGUCGCAAGGCACGCCGAUGGGACCGCCGAUGGGCGCGCCCCUCGCCCCGAUGAGCGAGCCGGAUGCGCCGAUGCCCCCGGCCAAGGCGGCGCCGGCCGGUUUCCGCACGCUCGGCAAGCGCAAGGCGCCGCCGUCGUCGAUGCCGCCGCCGCCCGCGCCUGCCGCGCGCCCAAUGUCGAUGCCGCCGACCAACAUGCCACCGCCGCCCGUGCCCGCGCCAAAGGUUGUGCCGGUGCCCGAGCCUGCGACGCCCGCGUCGACCGUCGAAACGGUCUUCGACGAGGACGGCCGCCGCAUGCGCCCCGACGGCUUCGGUGGCUUUGUCACCGUGUUUGACGACGACGACGACCGUGCCUCGAUGCGGACGCGCCCCGAGUCGGUUUCCGAGACGCCCAAGGCGCCGCAGGUCGCGUCGAUGCAGCAGGACUUUACGCGCGCCGACGAGCGCCCGUCGGCCGGCAUUCCCACGCCGUCGGCGCACUUCCAGCAGAACCUGCCCGGCCUCGGUUCCCCGCCGAAGCGGCCGGUGAUGCUGUCGCCGCGCCCGCCCCCCCGCCCGACGUCGCCGCCGUCGCGCAUCGAGCGCCCGCUGAGUGCGCCGGUCGCACCGGCGAGUAAUGCGCCGUUCCAGGUCGCGGCCGAGGUGUACACGACACCUGCGAGCAUGCAGGGUAGCGUGGGCCGCAUGACGUGGACGCCCGAGAUGGCCGAGGCGGCCGCCAAGUAUAUCCAGACGAUGACGACUUCGGCCUCGGGCAUGAAGCUCGAAGGCGAGCGCAAGCCGAGCAUGCGCCCGGCCACCGAGCUGGCCGUGCCGGCUGGCAUGGCCCCGUCGCGCUCCGUCGUCGAGCAGCUGCAGGCGCGCGGCGUCGAUCUCGUGCUCGAUGCGGGCGACGGUAUCGAGCCAAAGGACAUGCCGGUGCAGCAGGCGCUCCAGGAGAUGAUGGUGCGCUUCUACCUCUACGAGCGCCACUCGGUCCCGAUCCUCAAGGAGCUUGACAAGCGCCUCGUCGCGCUCGAGCACUGGUCACUCCUCGAGCGCCAGGCCGACGCACGCCAGCCGGCCUGGAACGAGGAGGCGGUCGCACGCAUCGCCAGCGAGGUCCGCCGCGAAAUGCGCGGCCUGAUGGCUGGCAUCAAGGAGCUGCACGAAUGCCGUCUGCAGCUCCAGUCCCUCACGCACGAGACCGCGACGGUGCACAAGCGCAAGCGCCCGACGUCGAUGAGCGGCCCCGAGAAGCGCAUCGCAUCCGAGGCCAACUCGGUGCGCAUCGUCUCGGACGGCAGCACCGUGUCGACCGCGAGCACUGCGUCCAAGGACGCCAAGGACACGCUCGAGGCGCCCGACACGCCCAAGGCGCCGCACUCGCCGCUCGCUGCCCUCGCGGGGCUUGGGCCGCGGCCCUACUCCCCGGCACCCUUCUCGCCGAUGCCGUCCGAGGCGCCGGAGGCGAAGCCGGUCGAAGCGAGCAACGCCAAGGCCAACGAGAGCCAAGACAAGGCGGCAGCGGUGCCGACGGACACCAAGGAGGCCGCGCCGAGCGAGACCGAGGCCAAGUCCGACAACGGGCCGACGCCCAAGGCAGAGUCGGCAGAGACCGUGCCCAGCACCGAGUCCGAUGCACCUGCGACGCCCUCUACACCUGUUGCGCCUACGCCCUUGUACGAGCCGGUCGCCAAGAAGCCUGUGUACACGGACCGUGCUGCAGAGAGCGGCCUGUUGUCUGCGCUGAUGCGCGCGAACGAGCGGGCGCAUACCCCUCCCCCUCCGACGCCCCGGAUGGAGACGGAGGAUGCAGAGGCCAAGGAGGCCGCAACCAAAGAAGCCGAGGCCAAGGAAGCCGAGGCCAGGGAAGCCGAGGCCAAGGAGGCAGAAGCCCAAGCGGCCGAGGCCAGGGAAGCCGAAGCCCAUGCCAAGGCCCAGAGGGAGGCCGAAGAGGCCCGGAAAGAGGCCGAGGCCAAGGCGGCCGAGGCGGCCGAAGCGGCUGCCAAGGCCUCCCUCGCCGAGCCCCCGUCGGCCCCUCCGCUGCUGGUUGGCGCGCGCACCUCCCCCAGCCACGCACGCAUUGCACGCACGCCCAUGGCCGACGUCGACAACGUCCCCCAAUCUGUUGUUCCCCCUGACACCCCCAAGACGAGCACGCACGCAUCGAGUGCCCUUCGUGCGCGUGCGCAGCGUUACCUGAAGGCCUCCGAGAGCGGCACGAUCGACACCAAGACCCCUGACCCUGCUCCUGAACCGACCGCGACCGAGAACGUUUCGCCCAGCAAGCCGGCCUACCAGCCGUCGGCGCUCAGCGAGUCGCUGCGUCGCCGCAUGGCCAAAUUUGAGCCGGCCGCUUAG